GUUACUGGCCCAACGCUCUUAACAACUAGGCUACCUGCGGCAUGUAUUAGUAUGUGCAGCAUGAUUGGUGUGUUAUGUGGCCUGUAUGUGGGUGUAGUAGGUCUGUGUAUGUUUAUAGAAGGUUUGUGUGUACAAGAAGAUAGUGUGUGUGUGUGUGGAGAAGGUGGUGUGUAGGCAGUAAGUGUGUGUGUGCAAGAAGUUAGUCUUCACUCCAUCCUGUCAGUCAGUUGGUGAACUUUAACCACACGCUGCCCUCCCUGUGGUUGUCAUGGAGGUCGGUGGUGAGUUGGUGAUUCGGUUACCGGGGCGAUCCCGUUCCCCGGACAACAACGGCAACAGUAACUUUGGGUUAGGCGAUUUUGGCCAGACAAUGGUGUUACGGCACAAAGAGGUUCACCACUUCUUCUUGGUCCCCUUCAGGGAGCAACCGAUCUACAGCACGCAGGCCCAUGCGUUCCAGAUUGACCCCAACACCAAGAAGAACUGGGUGCCCACCAGUAAACACGCUGUCACCGUGUCCUACUUCUAUGACAGCACCCGCAACGUCUACCGCAUCAUCAGCCUCGACGGCACCAAGGUAAAGGCUACUUAUACUGCUUAUAACACGUAGCCCUCUCCUGAGAUACUAAACAUCCUCUUAUGCCUCUAUGGUAUGGCCACUUGCAUGUCUUUUUUUUCUCACACUGUGCAGGUCUUUAUGGACAUUGUUAGUUCCUGUAUUUUUGGUUGGUUGAGUACGACAUAGGAGCUGCACUGUGAUAUUGCAAAAGCAGUAGGUUUUUCACCUGCUACAUUGGAAGCAUAACUUUUGUCUAGCAUGGGCAGUGUGAGCUACUUCAAGUGUUCUCAAUUGUGACCUGCGUGUGGAAAUCUUGAAAAUAGAACCAGAGUGUAAGUUUACGAGCAUCUUGCAGAGCCGCACUGCUUACACCCAGGUUUCAUUGAAUUGGAGCGUCUCACACUCAGCAAAGGUUAAGUGUCUAAUGUAGCAGGCCAGUAAGUUACAUGUGAGACAAGCAUCUUUAAAAAGCAUAGUAGAAGGGCCAUGACCUUUUGUAGCCUGUAGCUACAAAAAAAUGUUGGUUCAUUGGAAACCUUGAAGAAAAUUCUAAAGACAUUAGAUAUAAGGUGACUGCACACCCAAAAAAAAUGUGGUGGCCACUGCACUAACAUUGCACCAUCAUCCAAUGCCAAGGGAAAGAUAACUAGCACCAUUUUAUCACAUCCAGUUCAGUGGGUUUGUCCAGUGUUAAUGGCCGAUUUAAUGUACAAACAUGUCAGUGGGUGGACAGCAUAGCUAAUGCUGGCAUUAUUCAGCCGAGUGGCAGAAUGUAGAAUGUGUUUAUUCAGCUCAUGUGUCAUACAGAGCCAGGAGUGACCUGAUAUGAUAGGUAUGUGUGUGUGUGUGUGUGUGUGUGUGUGUGUGAAUGCCUUACUGUCUGAUAGUGACAGGGUCCAUUUUAGGUCUGGACUUAAGUCCACUCUCUUGUCCUCCUAUCGGGUUUUCUUGUAGUGCUGGAACUGUAUAGGUACAGUAUAUCCCUCCAUAAAUGAGGCAAGGAACAUUUUGAUCAGGGUACUGUUCAAAGCUCCUUUGACUGUUCCACAGAAUCUCCUAUGCAUCAUGAGCUGCCAGCUAAGAGGUUGUUACCAUGACUAACUCUUACUAAAAAACCUAUGAAUACAGUUUGAAUGCUAAGUGUUAUAAGUCGGUUAUAAUUUGAUCUAAUCUAGUGUGUGUGUUUGUUCCUGUAGGCGAUAAUCAACAGCACCAUCAGCCCCAACAUGACCUUCACCAAGACGUCUCAGAAGUUUGGCCAGUGGGCCGACAGCAGAGCAAACACUGUUUAUGGCUUGGGCUUCUCUACUGAACACCACCUGACCAAGGUACACACAUGCACACACGCAUCUCUUAAAAGUGGGUGGUGUCUACCACUCCCUCCUGAACUGUGGGAGGCAUUCCCCCCCUCUUUUUCUCUCUCUGUCUUCCCUCUGCGCUUUCUCUCUCUCUCUUCUUUACUGUUCUUUCUCUCUUCUUGCCGGGUAACUCUUCCACUUUUAGCCCUAAUGAGGCACUGUGUGUUUGUGUCUGUGUGUGUGUGGAUGUGGGCGGGUGCUUCUUUCCUCUGCAGUAUGAUUAAGUUAUGUCGUGAGCCGGGGGAGGCACACAGCAGCCCUACUCUCAGACAUGACGCAUAUGCACACAUGCACAAACACACACACACACACAGUCUUGUACAGCUAACCUUGUGGGGACACACAAUUAAGUCCCAUUCAAAAUCCUAUUUUCCCUAACCUAACCCUAACCCGUACUCUUACCCUUACCCUAACCUUAACCAUAACCCAACCUUAAACCUAAACCUAACCCUAGCACCUAACCCUAACUCCAUAACUAACCCUAGCUCCUAACCCUAACCGUAAUUCUAACACUAAUUCUAACCUUAACCCUAAACCCCCUAGAAAUAGCAUGUGGGGACUAACAAAAUGUCCACAGUUGGUCAAAUGUUUGUUUGUUUACUAUUCUUAUGGGGACUUCUGGUCCCCACAAGAAUAGUUACACAUGUCCACACACACACACACACACACACACAGACACACACAGACAGACAGACAGACAGAGAAUAAGCAGAAUCAUAAUGUUCUUAAUCUUAUAAUCAUUAAUGUUAAUUUCAUGAUUAGGGAAAUUAAUAUUGGGUAUAGAUUCUCAAUCAGUAUCCCACUAGUAUUCCAAUAGUGUAAUGAACCCUCUGGGCACACACUGGUUGAAUCAACGUUGUUUCCACAUAAUUUCAAUGAAAUUACGUUGAACCAACAUUGAAUAGACGUCUGUUCCCAGUGGGAACAGUGACAGCCUACAGGGAGGAGGUGAGGGCUCUCAGAGUGUGGUGUCAGGAAAAUAACCUCUCACUCAACGUCAAAAAAACAAAGGAGAUGAUCGUGGACUUCAGGAAACAGCAGAGGGAGUACCACCCUAUCCACAUCGACAGGAUAGCAGUGGAGAAGGUGGAAAGUUUUAAGUUCCUCGGCGUGCAACACUGACAAACUGAAAUGGUCCACCCACACAGACAGUGUGGUGAAGAAGGCGCAACAGCGUCUCUUCAACCUUAGGAGGCUGAAGAAAUUUGGCCUGUCACCUAAAAUCCUCAUAAACUUUUACAGAUGCACAAUUGAGAGCAUCCUGUCGGGCUGUAUCACCGCCUUGUACUGCAAAUGCACCGCCCACAACCGCAGGGCUCUCCUGAGGGUGGUGCAGUCUGCACAACGCAUCACCGGGGGCAAACCUACCUGCCCUCCAGGACACCUACAGCACCCGAUGUCACAGGAAGGCCAAAAAGAUCAUCAAGGACAACUACCACCCGAGCCACUGCCUGUUCACCCCGCUAUCAUCCAGAUGGCGAGGUCAGUACAGGUGCAUCAAAGCUGGGAUCGAGAGACUGAAAAACAGCUUCUAUCUCAAGGCCAUCAGACUGUUAAACAGCCAUCACUAGCACAGAGAGGCUGCUGCCUACAUAGACUUGAAAAUCACUGGCCACUUUAAUAAAUGGAACACUAGUCACUUUAAUAAUGUUUACAUAUCUUGCAUUACCCAUCUCAUAUGUAUAUACUGCAUUCUAUACUAUCUAUUGCAUCUUAGGCUAUGCCACUCUGAUAAUGACAUUGCUCAUCCAUAUAUUUAUAUAUUCUUAUUCCAUUCCUUUACUUAGAUUUGUGUAUUAGGUUUUUGUUGUGGAACUGUUAGAUAUGACUUGCUAGAUAUUGCUGCACUAGCAUUUCUCUACACUCACAAUAACAUCUGCUAACCAUGUGUAUGUGACCAAUACAUUUGAUUUGAUUUGAUUUGGAAGACGUAGGAGGUGUCGCUCACACUAAGACUACACUAAGACUAGUGAAUCUAGUUGGUUUGAGUAACAUGGUGCCACCAGAUUUGUGGCUUUGAGUCCCAUAUACAGUGGGGAGAACAAGUAUUUGAUACACUGCCAAUUUUGCAGGUUUUCCUACUUACAAAGCAUGUAGAGGUCUGUAAUUUUUAUCAUAGGUACACUUCAACUGUGAGAGACGGAAUCUAAAACAAAAAUCCAGAAAAUCACAUUGUAUGAUUUUUAAGUAAUUAAUUUGCAUUUUAUUGCAUGACAUAAGUAUUUGAUCACCUACCAACCAGUAAGAAUUCCAGCUCUCACAGACCUGUUAGUUUUUCAUUAAGAAGCCCUCCUGUUCUCCACUCAUUACCUGUAUUAACUGCACCUGUUUGAAUUUGCUACCUGUAUAAAAGACACCUGUCCACACACUCAAUCAAACAGACUCCAACCUCUCCACAAUGGCCAAGACCAGAGAGCUGUGUAAGGACAUCAGGGAUGGGAUGGGCUACAGGACAAUAGGCAAGCAGCUUGGUAAGAAGGCAACAACUGUUGGCGCAAUUAUUAGAAAAUGGAAGAAGUUCAAGAUGACGGUCAAUCACCCUCGGUCUGGGGCUCCAUGCAAGAUCUCACCUCGUUGGGCAUCAAUGAUCAUGAGGAAGGUGAGGGAUCAGCCCAGAACUACACGGCAGGACCUGGUCAAUGACCUGAAGAGAGCUGGGACCACAGUGUCAAAGAAAACCAUUAGUAACACACUACGCCGUCAUGGAUUACAAUCCUGCAGCGCACGCAAGGUCCCCCUGCUCAAGCCAGCGCAUGUCUAGGCCCGUCUGAAGUUUGCCAAUGACCAUCUGGAUGACCCAGAGGAUGAAUGGGAGAAGGUCAUGUGGUCAGAUGAGACAAAAAUAUAGCUUUUUGGUCUAAACUCCACUCGCCGUGUUUGGAGGAAGAAGAAGGAUGAGUACAACUCCAAGAACACCAUUCCAACCGUGAAGCAUGGAGGUGGAAACAUCAUUCUUUGGGGAUGCUUUUCUGCAAAGGGGACAGGAUGAGUGCACCGUAUUGAGGGGAGGAUGGAUGGGGCCAUGUAUCACGAGGUCUUGGCCAACAACCUCCUUCCCUCAGUAAGAGCAUUGAAGAUGUGUCGUGGCUGGGUCUUCCAGCAUGACAACGACCCGAAACACACAGCCAGGGCAACUAAGGAGUGGCUCCGUAAGAAUCAUCUCAAGGUCCUGGAGUUGCCUAGCCAGUCACUAGACCUGAACCCAAUAGAACAUCUUUGGAGGGAGCUGAAAGUCCGUAUUGCCCAGCGACAGCCCCGAAACCUGAAGGAUCUGGAGAAGGUCUGUAUGGAGGAGUGGGCCAAAAUCCCUGCUGCAGUGUGUGCAAACCUGGUCAAGACGUACAGGAAACGUAUGAACUCUGUAAUUGCAAACAAAGGUUUCUGUACCAAAUAUUAAGUUCUGCUUUUCUGAUGUAUCAAAUACUUAUGUCAUGCAAUAAAAUGCAAAUCAAUUACUUAAAAAUCAUACAAUGUGAUUUUCUGGAUUUUUGUUUUAGAUUCCGUCUCUCACAGUUGAAGUGUACCUAUGAUAAAAAUUACAGACCUCUACAUGCUUUGUAAGUAGGAAAACCUGCAAAAUCGGCAGUGUAUCAAAUACUUGUUCUCCCCACUGUACAUGGGACACAUACUGUAUUGCUGAAUAUAAACUUACUCAAUGUAUGACUAAACUGCAAGUUUAAGUCAACAGCUGGUGACUCAAUAAAAAUUAAGCCCAUCCCACAGAGGGAGAGAGAGGGAGAGCGAAGUGAGAAAGAGGAGAUGGAGCCAUGCUUUCCCAGUUUGUCUGUGUUUAUUUCUGUUUCUAAUGUUCCUAUGAUGUUACUAUGUCUCUCUGCGUUUUUCUGUGUCUGCGCACUCGCAUGGGUUUUACUGUAAGGGUUACUGUGCCUCUCUCUGGUUGACCUACAUAGCUCACAUUUCUACUGAGGUAGGGGCCUCCAUUCCACAGCCCAACUGUUGGAUGUCAAAUCAGAUGCCUCCCAUUUGGUCACUACUGACAACCUCCUCUACCCUCUUAAUACUAACAUACUAGUGUGUGUUUUUAGUGUGUGCACAGGUGUACCCUAAAGUGACAAUAAAUAUUUUGUACUAGAGCUAGAAAUUGACGUUCUAUCUCUCUGAGUAUAUGACCAGUCUCUGUCUCUCUCCAGUUUGCAGAUAAGUUUUCAGAGUAUAAGGAGGCAGCUCGUCAGGCCAAGGAAAAAAGUCAAGAUGGGAAGAUGGAACCAAACUCCCAGGUACUCACACUAAAAAAGUCACAACACUCUCCUGUGGUACUUCAUAAGUUAACAGCUGGAAAAAAAGAACCAUGCAACAAACAGAUGAACUUGUAAAUCCUUGCAUUCGUUAGAUUAUUGCGUUUUCUCUGCAUAUUUAAUUGUCCUCUUUUCAACAGAAAUUGAAGAAAUUAGGUUGUUUUUAAGAUUCAAUCCCCAGAGUCCCCCCUCUUUAAAAACCAGCUAAAAACACUCUCAAGUCCAGGGAAACCCUGCUAGUUUACUACACGUUACGUCAGUUUACAUCACAUCAUUACAUAAACGGAAAACAAGAUGCUGAUGAACGGACAAGGUUCCUCCAUCCAGAAAUGAAUUGAUGCUGCACUAAAUAUGUCGGCACAAUGGAAAUGGACAUUGUUGCACAUGUAGAAGUCUGAGAACAGAAUUGAGAGUAUGAUAAGCAUAAAUUAACCCAACCGUCCCAAAUAUUAACUUCAAUAUGGCCACUUAAAAAUGCAGAUUAUGGAAUAAUACUUUUAAUGGGAAUGUCCUGAAUAUAAUUUCCUACAGUGAUUAAGUCUUAGUUAUCCCUGUCCAUCAGGCUUACAUGGUGCAUGGUUUGAGUGUGUACAAUGGGCAGUUUAUAACCCCUUAAUUGUUUUGUUUCAUGUAAUUAAAGUGGGUAAAUGUUUAGUUUGGUCACAUAGGCUUAACUGUUUGGGAAAUAAAGAUAAACGUUUAUCUGCAAUUUCUCUGAGCUACAAUAAGCUUUGGCAGGCAGAACAGCUCAGUAAUGUCCUCUUUGUAAUACAGAGCUAGGAGCUUAUCACCAGAUUCUCCUAUCAGUCUCUCUUUUUUUCUCUCUUUUUUCUUUCUUUCUCAUUUUCUCGAUCUUAUCUCACGCCGAAACAGAGGAAGAAGAUGACUGCUGAAUCUCCUCAUAAAAAAAAUGACUUGGGUCAAUUUGAGCACAUUUCAUUCUCAUACAUUGCUUGCUCUUUGCUAGAUAAAUCCAGAAUCGCUGUUCAGCACUUUCAGACUAAUGGGUUUCAUAAGAAGCACUGUAAACAAUUCUAUAAUUAUAUGUUGAUUGAUGGUUUGAUUGCUUGUCCUGUAUGUAGGAGUCGCCAGCAGUUGAACUCUCCUCACCUCUGACUCCUGUGACUCCUCCCGCCAUGGACAACAUCAACGGGACAGAUGACCCCUGUGACAUAACACCCGAGCCCCGUCCUGAACCGUCUCAGAACGCACUGGCCUUCACACACAGGUAACACACACAGGGGUGUUAACAGGGUGUUGUGCUGUGCGUGUGUUUGUGUGUGUGUGUGUGUGUGUGUGUGUGUGUGUGUGUGUGUGUGUGUAUGCACUGAGUGUACAAAAAACACUUUCCAUGUCCAUAGACUGACCAGGUGAAUCCAGGUGAACGCUAUGAUCCCUUAUUGAUGUCAGCUGUUAAAUCCACUUCAAUCAGUGUAGAUUAAGAGACAGGUUAAAUAAGGAUUUUCAAGCCUUGAGACAAUUGAGACAUGGAUUGUGUAUGUGCACAAUUCAGAUGGUGAAUGGGCAAGACAAACAAUUAAAGUGCCUUUGAACGGGGUAUGGUAGUAGGUGCCAGGCGCACUGGUUUGAGUGUGUCAAGAUCUGCAAUGCUGCUUUUUCAAGAAUGGUCCAUCACCCAAAAGACAUCCAGCUAACUUGACACAACUGUGGGAAGCAUUGGAGUCAAAAUGUGCCAGCAUUCCUGUGGAAAGCUUUCGACACCUUGUAGUGUCCAUGCCCUGACAAAUUGACGCUGUUCUGAGGGAAGAUGUUCUUUAGGUUUUGUGUAUGUGUAUGAUCUCACUUUAAGGGUUAAGAUAUUACCACUGUAAACAUCUGCUAGUAUCUGUCCUUCUGUCCCUCAGUCUGAAGAACAAACCCUUUUUGUAUGUCAGGGGAACAGACAGGAGUAACAAAACAUCUGUUCAUUAUUUGAUUAUUUUUAUAGCUCACAGGUAGAUGCUUCCAGUUUGCAGAAUGAGUGCGCAAGGCUGAUUUAAGAUAAGGUGUGUGUGUUUGUGGGCACUGGGCAGUAGUUGUAUAUAGUUGGAAGGACAGAAAGAGUGUCACUCAGUGUCUAUGUGUAUGAUGGGGUAAGUGUGUGUGUGUGCCACAUGUAUUGUUUCAAAUCUUGGUUUUGUUUAAACUUUAUUGUAUGAAGACUCCCUUUUUUCUAAAUCCCCCUCUAUUUGUAUCUUUUCUUUCCAGGGAGCAGUAUAAAGCCUGUCGGGUCUGCUCUUUCUGA